AUGUUAUAAUUGAGAAGGCUUCCAAAAUUUUUAUUUUGUUAAAAUUAAAACAUUGAUAAGAAAAAUGUGACUGUCAAUAUGGAGUAGAUAAAACAACGAAUAAUGGAGAGGAAGACCGAGUUGCCUUUUAAGGAUCCAUCAAUAAGCAAACCGAGAGAAUUUUAUGAUACAAAACAAAAUAAAAGGAAAACAGAAUACAUAUUUGAUUUUAUCGAUCCAACUCUGCAUAACAAACCCUUUUUACAGCAGGUGUUUGGAUUGGGCAAUGGGUACUUUUCAGUGAAUGAUGUUUGGUAUCCAGGGAGCAUAUUAAUAUUCCCUCAAUAAAUAUUUUUAUGGGAUGUCUAAACUGCAGCUGAUAUCAGGGCUCACAGUUUUGAUAUUUUGGAAGUGAUAAAGCCAAGACCAAGUAAGAAGUGAUCAAUUUAUAUAUAGGCUAUGUAUUGAUUGGGACAGGAAGAGAGAAGCAAGAUUUGCCAGAUUCAUACUUUGAGAAAUUUAAAAAGUUUGGUAUCAAAGUGGAUGUCGUUGCAACAUUUGAAGCAUGCAGUCAUUUCAAUUUUUGUAGUGAAGAACAAAGAGAUGUUUGUGCUUUUAUGAUUCCCUAAAAUUUAUGA